AUGGCCACGUUGGACCUGCAAAAAAGAAUUCAUGAGGAUUUGGGGCGACAGGGCACUGCUCUUCAGGAUCCAACUGAUUCCAUUGGUCAUGCCCUUCGUGCUGACUGGCAAGGGAAGUUCGAACAGAGUGAGCGGAAGUUGGUGCACUUGGAGGGAAAGAUUUGUAGUGAGACAGUGUCCCUUCAAUCAACGAGACCCAUGGACUUCUCUGAGCUCCAAAAACUGAAGAUGGACAAAUGGACAAACGAGAUGUUGAAUCUCCAUGUCAUCAAGGACCAGCUCCUUCACAAACUACGUGCCCGGAAAGCUGAGUUGAGCGUCCUGGACCAAACCCAUGCUGCUUGGGCUUUGGACCAGAGCAUGAAAGCCCAUGUCAAGAAGGCAGUAAAUAGACAUUCAAGUGGCAUUGAGUCCACGCUGUCGAAGUACAAUGAUAAGCUGAAAGAACUUGGUGCACUCCGGGCACUUGAUCCAACCCGUCACCAUGUUUAUUUACCGCCAAUCAUCCUACGCAGCGACUUGUACAAGCUUGAUAUCGACCAGGGCAUUUGGGAAGAUUGUGAUUGGUCCCAAUUUCCUGAUGGUACUCUUCCUUGUUGGCUCACCAAUGCGAAGGUGAAGGAGCAAAUUCGUUUCACACAGCAAUUACACAACAGCCGCCAGGAGCUCAGGAGGUGCAAGGCUGAGCAUGCCAACCUUCGCCAGUGGUUCACUCAAGAAUACCACUCGUAUGAAGCCCUCUACAAACAUACUGAGCACCGCGACAAACCCAUGGCAUUCUAUGCAUACGAGAAGCUGUUAUUUCUCCAGCAGAUUCUUGACCGAUGGUGCAGUGCAACCAAAAAUGUUCCGAUUGCUGACGAUGCUUCUGAAUGGCUGUCCCCUGCACCCCUUCAACCGUUCCAACAUGGCCAGCUAAACAGGGAUGGAUAA